AUGCGAAGAACAGUCGACCAGUGUCCUGCCAACAUCGUCGGCGUACUCGAGUACGCCGACGAUGUUGUUAUAUUCGCGGAAAGCAGUACGAAACUUCAACAUGUUGUCAACGUUGUAUCGAAGCUGGCUGUAGCCUAUGGACUACGCCUACGCCCUGAUAAAUGCAAGCAGAUAUGGAUCUCUUCGAGACCACGAACGGGAAUCAGGGUGGACGGACAACCGAUAGAACUCGUCGAUGAGUUCUGUUACCUAGGCUGUACGCUGAAAAACAAUGGCAGCUACGAGAGAGAUGUUCAGCAAAGAUGCGCUAAGGCCACUUCUGCAUUUAACUCCUUAACGAAAUGCCUGUGGUCGACCCCCAUCACCCACGAAGUCAAGCUGCGAGUCUACCUAUCCGCAAUUCGCCCCAUCAUGAUGUACGGAUCGGAGACUUGGGCAGCACCAUCAACGGUUAUGGAGAGACUUGACUGCACGGAUCGAAAGCGGCUUAGACUGCUACUUGGCUACUUUUGGCCUAGGGUAUGUCACAAUGAAGAUCUUUACACAGAAAUUGAUGUGGUAUACCGGCGGAUGACACGUGCAAGACAUCAACAUCUUGCACCGCCAUCGAAAGUGGCUAAAGUAAAUCGUCUUCGCUUCUUUCGUCAUAUAUUAAGGAGACCGGCAGAUCGCCUUGUUCAACGAAUUCUGAGGAGUUCGUCGGGUUCGAGCUGGAAGCCUGGCCGAACUGAGGUGGUGAAAGAAGACCUGAGGACACUCGGCGCGGAUAGGCAGUUCAGGCGAGACGUAAGGUUUCGCAGAAUAUGGAACAGCGACGAAUGGAUUGAUUCCAUGCAAGCUCUCGCAGAAGAUCGAGAAGGUUGGGCAGAGCUGUGUUCAAAAACGGCACACCACAGAUGA